CUCUUUUCUACAGGAGAGAAUGUUUAAAUUUCAUCAAACAAAAUAUACUUUUCAAAUACUCGAUAAAAUGAGAUGCUUGCGAAAACGUUCCACAGUGUCAUUCUUGGGAGUUCUUGUCAUUUUCCUCCUAUUUAUGAACUUGUACAUUGAAGAUAGCUAUGUUCUGGAAGGUGACAAGCAACUAAUAAGGGAAACAUCCACACAUCAACUGAAUUCAGAACGCUAUGUUCAUACUUUUAAGGAUUUAUCUAAUUUCUCAGGAGCCAUAAAUGUCACCUAUCGCUACCUAGCUGCUACACCUUUGCAAAGGAAACGGUAUCUUACAAUUGGACUGUCAUCAGUAAAACGAAAAAAAGGAAGCUAUUUACUUGAGACAAUCAAGUCAAUUUUUGAGCAAUCCAGCUAUGAAGAACUGAAGGAAAUAUCAGUGGUGGUUCAUCUAGCAGACUUUAAUUCAUCCUGGCGUGAUGUCAUGGUCCAGGAUAUUACACAGAAAUUUGCCCAUCAUAUUAUUGCAGGAAGAUUAAUGGUUAUACAUGCUCCAGAGGAAUACUACCCAGUUCUAGAUGGACUUAAAAGAAACUACAAUGAUCCAGAAGACAGAGUUAGAUUUCGUUCCAAGCAAAAUGUAGACUAUGCUUUUCUGCUUAAUUUUUGUGCCAAUACCUCAGACUAUUAUGUAAUGCUCGAAGAUGAUGUGCGAUGUUCCAAAAAUUUCUUAACUGCCAUCAAAAAAGUCAUUGCAUCUCUAGAAGGAACUUACUGGGUAACUCUUGAGUUCUCUAAGCUCGGUUACAUUGGUAAACUCUAUCAUUCUCAUGAUCUCCCACGUUUGGCACAUUUUUUAUUAAUGUUUUAUCAAGAAAUGCCUUGUGACUGGCUAUUGACUCAUUUCCGGGGUCUACUGGCUCAGAAAAAUGUGAUCCGAUUUAAACCAUCUCUCUUUCAGCACAUGGGUUAUUAUUCAUCAUAUAAAGGAACUGAGAAUAAGCUGAAGGAUGAUGAUUUUGAAGAGGAGUCAUUUGACAUCCCUGACAAUCCUCCUGCUAGUCUAUACACCAAUAUGAAUGUGUUUGAGAAUUAUGAAGCAAGCAAGGCUUAUAGUAGUGUUGAUGAGUACUUUUGGGGAAAACCACCUUCAAUAGGAGAUACUUUUAUUAUUGUAUUUGAAAAUCCCAUCGUAGUAAAAAAAAUUAAAGUGAAUACUGGAACGGAAGAUCGACAAAAUGACAUUUUGCAUCAUGGAGCCCUAGAUGUUGGGAAAAAUAUGCUUAGCAAACAAAUAAGACAAUGUGAUACUUACUUAAGACUAGGGGAAUUCAAAAAUGGAAACUUUGAAAUCUCAGAUGUGAACCAAAAAAUUCCAUUUGAUAUACGUUGUAUACGGAUUUGUGUUACCAAAACACAAAAGGAAUGGCUGAUUAUUCGAAGUAUUAGCAUUUGGACUUCUUAGCUAAUUAAAUCUGUAUGCUCAGUUACUGA